GGUAUAAAAACAACCUUAGAUUCAUUAGCUAGAACAGAAUACCCUAAAUCGCAUAAAUUAUUACUCUGUAUAGCUGAUGGUAUCAUUUAUGGCAAUGAAAAUGAUUUUUCGACACCAGACAUUUGUGUUUCAUUGAUGAGUGAUUUUCUUAUUCCUCCUGAUGAAGUUGAACCUCAUUCUUACGUUGCAAUAGCAGAUGGUAAAAAGCGACAUAAUAAGGCAAAGGUUUAUGCUGGUUAUUAUACUUAUCGAGAACUGGAUGGGAGGCAAGAUCGUGUUCCUAUGAUCACUAUAGCUAAAUGUGGUGGUCCUGGGGAAGAAAAUGAUAAAAAACCUGGAAAUCGUGGUAAACGUGACUCUCAAAUUAUUUUGAUGAGUUUCUUACAAAAAGUUAUGUUCAAUGAAAGGAUGACUCGACUUGAAUAUGAAUUUUUUACUGCAAUUCGAUCUGUCUGUGGAGUUACUCCUGACUUUUUUGAAGUAGUUCUUAUGAUUGAUGCUGAUACAAAGGUUUUCCCUGAUUCAUUGGUUCGAAUGGUUGCCUGUAUGUCACAUGAUUCAAGUAUAAUGGGGCUUUGUGGAGAAACAAAAAUCUCAAACAAAAAUGAUACUUGGGUGACAAGGAUUCAAGCACCAAAAGGCGAGAAUGGAUAUUGGGUUCCUAUUCUUGCAAAUCCGGAUAUUGUUGAACAAUACUCUGAAAAUGUUGUUGAUACAUUACAUAAGAAAAAUUUACUUCUUCUCGGAGAAGAUCGAUAUCUCACAACUCUUAUGCUUAAAAACUUUCCUAAACGAAAAACAUUAUUUGUUCCUCAAUCAGUUUGUAAAACUGUAGUACCUGAUACAUUCCGUAUACUUCGUUCUCAACGUCGUCGAUGGAUCAAUUCCACAGUGCAUAAUCUUUUAGAACUUGUUCUUAUUCCUGAUUUGUGUGGAACUUUCUGCUUUUCCAUGCAAUUCGUUAUAUUUAUGGAGUUGGUUGGCACAGUUGUACUUCCUGCUGCUAUCUCUUUCACCAUGUAUUUAAUAGUAAUAUCGUUCUUUCAAAAUCCUCCUCCUAUAGUUCCUUUGCUUCUUUUGGCAGCUGUAUUAGGAUUGCCUGCUAUUCUCAUUAUGGUGACAACACGUAAAAUUAUUUAUGUUGGUUGGAUGUUAAUUUACCUUUUAUCAUUACCAAUAUGGAACUUUGUUCUUCCAUCAUACGCAUUUUGGCAUUUUGAUGAUUUUUCAUGGGGUAAAACUCGCCAAGUGAAGGGGGAUGAAGGUGGUCAUUCAGAUCAUUCAAGAAGGGAAGGAGAGUUUGAUAGUUCACAUAUUGUUAUGAGACGAUGGGCUGAAUGGGAAAGGUAUAGACUUCGUCGGGAUUCACAGCACCGAAUACAAUCAGUACAAUUAUCUCCUGAUGAAAAUUUUAAUAUACCAUCAACACGCCCAUCAUCAGCAUCAACAAUGUAUGGUAGUGAAAAAUCAGAAUCCAUACCCAUAGGACCAAUUAAUGCAAGGAGUGGUAUUAGAAGAAAAACUGAUUCACUAAUGGUACCACCUCCAUUAAGUAGUGAUCCUUCAACACCUGUUUCACCACCUACACCAUCUAGUACUAUCCCAAAUGAGGGCUAUGUAUCAUCCAAUGGUGAUUAUUCACAAAUGUCACAACCAAUUUAUACGCCACCAUCAAGAUCAAACACUAAUAGUACAAACUAUAGUUAUAGUAGUAAUCCACAUGCUGGCAUUAUUGGGGGUGCUUCAUAUUCAAAUGGAUACGAAGAAAAUAAUCAUAUUCAACAACGUAGAGAAUUUUAA